GCACUUCACUUGCAACUGUCAGUUGGCUGCAGCCACCAGGAUGAAAAACUAUCCAAUUGUGCUACCUGUUGCGCUGGUAGCUUCAGUGCUGCUCACAAGCGGCUACAGCUUGCCAGUGGACCAUUAUGUAGCGGAAGGCUUGCGUCCAGGCUACGGCGUAGACUGGGCCGACGUUCCGUACAAAGGUCUGGAACGUAAGGGCUGGGGGACAGACUACGGCAGAAAGAUUGGCGACUGGGAGUCAAAACGGGUGUGGGACAAAGAGCCAGAAAAAAUCUGGCGCGGAGAGGCUCUCUCAGAAGUUAAAGGAUUCCUGUCAGACUACGGGACAAAGGGAGCAGACUGGGCCCAUAAAGGCUGGGAUCGCAAAGAGUGGGACCGAAAAGACUGGGAUGGAAAAGACUGGGAUGGAAAAGACUGGGACAGAAAAGACUGGGAAAGAAAAGACUGGGACGGAAAAGACUGGGAAAGAAAAGACUGGGACAGAAAAGACUGGGACAGAAAAGACUGGGACAGAAAAGACUGGGAAAGAAAAGGCUGGGACAGAAAAGAUUGGGAUCCAAAGGACUGGGAUCGAAAGGACUGGGAUCGAAAGGACUGGGAUAGAAAAGACUGGGGUAGAAAAGACUCGUGGAGCAAGUCACCGCUGGACAACUGGCAUAAGGAUGGUAUAUUGAAAGAUGGAUGGAACAACCCAGGAUUUGACGUGUGGGAUGAGCAUGGCUACGCGGAGCACUACUAACUCAUGGAACCCUCUAAAAGAUGGCAAUCUUUCCCUGGAAUGCUGAUGUCCAGGCAACAGCCUUACAAUUUGUAAUUAUCCAAACAGAACAGCAGCCUAAUAAAAAAAAUUAAGCAAAUACGUUUUAUUCUCCUGCCCCACAGCUCCGUGUAAUUCUGUCUCUCCAAACAUAAGAAAGGAAUAAACAGUAACUACUAAA